AACGAGUAAAAGAAGAGGCUGCCAUAUUGCAGUGAUACAGCGACUUUACUGGAUUUCAUCUUGAGCACUGUUUGUGUUCAUAUCAGAAAAAUGCUUUCGGCUCAAACAUUUGGUGGUGGUCCUGGCAAGAUGAAAGAUUAUCAUUACACCGGUCCCGUAGAGCACCGGUUUUCUCCUUACGCUUUCAACGGAGGGACUGUAUUAGCUGUUGCCGGAGAAGACUUUGCCAUUGUAGCCUCAGACACCAGGCUGAGUGAAGGCUACUCAAUCCACAGCAGGGAUUCACCAAAAUGCUACAAGCUGACAGACACAACGGUCAUCGGCUGCAGCGGUUUCCAUGGAGACUGUCUGACUCUGACUAAAAUCAUCGAUGCCCGGCUAAAGAUGUACAAACACUCAAACAACAAGUCAAUGACUAGCGGAGCCAUCGCAGCAAUGUUGUCAACCAUCCUGUAUGGAAGGAGGUUCUUCCCCUACUACGUCUACAACAUCAUCGGUGGACUUGAUGAGCACGGCAAGGGAGCAGUGUACAGCUUUGACCCCGUCGGAUCCUACCAGAGAGACACUUAUAAGGCCGGUGGAUCAGCAAGUGCCAUGCUACAACCACUUCUAGACAACCAGAUUGGUUUCAAGAACAUGGAGGGUGUAGAGCAAGUUCCCCUGACUAAGGACAAGGCGGUUCAGCUGGUCAAAGAUGUCUUCAUCUCUGCCGCAGAGAGAGACGUCUACACUGGAGAUGCACUUCGGAUCUGCAUCGUCACAAAGGAGGGCAUCGAUGAGCAAACAGUACCUCUGAGGAAAGACUGAGGAGGGAAUUCUUCCCCUUCUCUGUGCUUUUCUCUUUGGUUUGUUCUUUCCACAUUCAACCUCUUGGUUUUGUCCUUUGAUAUCAAGUUUCUUAAAAUAGGAGUGUUGAUCCAGAAGUUGUUUCUAGUGACCUCUUUAACCGAGGAGCUGAUAUUCCAUUUUUUAUAUUUACUCACUGUACACACCAACCAGAAUCUUUCUCUUUAUCAUCCUUUCAACAAUUAUCCUCUUUAAUUACAACCUUUUAUCUGCGUUCUUACAAUUUCAUUGUAGAUCAGCACUUCUGUUCAAAGAGGCAAGAAACUUGUCACUCAACUCUGGCUACAUUCUUAGUCUGUUGGGAUUUACCAUUAUUUCGGAAGGAUACAUGCCCUGCUGUUAUUUUUACAUUCUUAAUAAAUGUAAGGAAUUGAAAA